CAGAGGAUGAUCUCACAAGUGCGGAGGAUCCUGUACGUGUCGUCCGUGUGCGUCCUCCUCUCCAGGCCAGCUUCCUGUAAAGAGGAGAUAAAGUCCCCAAACAGGACAGCCCCGAAGCCCAUGUCCCCGUCUGACUUCCUGGACAAGCUCAUGGGAAGGACCUCCGGAUACGAUGCGCGCAUCAGGCCCAACUUCAAAGGUCCCCCUGUCAAUGUCACCUGCAACAUUUUUAUUAACAGUUUUGGGUCCAUCACUGAAACAACUAUGGACUACCGCCUGAAUGUGUUUCUAAGGCAACAGUGGAAUGACCCACGGCUGGCCUACAGCGAGUACCCGGACGCCUCGCUGGACCUGGACCCAUCCAUGCUGGACUCCAUCUGGAAGCCCGAUCUCUUCUUUGCCAACGAGAAGGGUGCCAACUUCCACGAGGUCACCACCGACAACAAGCUGCUGCGCAUCUUCCAGAACGGCAAUGUCCUGUACAGCAUCAGGCUGACUCUGAUCCUGUCCUGCCCUAUGGACUUGAAGAAUUUCCCCAUGGACAUUCAGACCUGUACCAUGCAGCUUGAGAGCUUUGGUUACACCAUGAACGACUUGAUUUUCGAGUGGCUCGACGUGGGACCCGUCCAGGUGGCCGAGGACCUGAUGCUCCCACAGUUCGUGCUCAAGGAGGAGAAGGACCUGGGCUACUGCACCAAGCACUACAACACAGGUAAAUUUACCUGCAUUGAGGUCAAGUUUCACCUGGAGCGCCAGAUGGGCUACUACCUGAUCCAGAUGUACAUUCCCAGCCUGCUCAUCGUCAUCCUGUCCUGGGUGUCCUUCUGGAUCAACAUGGAUGCGGCUCCCGCCCGCGUGGGCCUGGGCAUCACCACAGUGCUCACCAUGACGACGCAGAGCUCUGGAUCGCGAGCCUCACUGCCCAAGGUGUCCUACGUGAAAGCCAUUGAUAUCUGGAUGGCCGUGUGCCUGCUGUUCGUGUUCGCCGCCCUGCUGGAGUACGCGGCGGUCAACUUUGUGUCGCGGCAGCACAAGGAGUUCAUCCGCCUGCGCAAGAAGCAGCGGAGGCAGAGGAUAGAGGAAGAGCUCGUACGAGAGAGCCGUGGCUUCUACUUCCGCGGUUACGGACUAGGGCACUGCCUUCAGGUGAAAGAUGGGUCAGCCAUCGAGGGAGCCACUGUCUUCGCCCCACCGCCACCUCCGCCACCCCCCGCGCAAACUGCCCACGACAGCGAAGCCGUCCGCAAGCGCUUCGUAGACCGGGCCAAGCGCAUCGACACCAUCUCCAGGGCCGUCUUCCCGCUGAGCUUCCUCAUCUUCAACAUCUUCUACUGGAUCACCUACAAAGUGCUGAGGCAUGAGGACAUCCAUGCCGCACUGUAAGGGUUCCCGAGCUCCCAAGCAAGCCACAGCAUCGGUUAUUACACAGCGAUCAGAAGCAGGUCAACGACGAGUCUGAAAAAAGAAAACAAAUAUAUUCAAAGGUGUAUUUUCUACUAUUGGACUAAACCGCUGUCUGCUGUGUGUGUACGGAAGAGCCCAUGCCCAAUUUCAAGGUAAGCGACUCAGAAAGGGGAACGGCAGAUUCGUGUGACAGCGGUCAUUACCGUUCGAUGGACUCGACGUCUACCUACCGCUCUACGGCUUCGUUUCGUUACUUCCCUUCUUUUUUCCAGAUUCAGCAAAAUAUAAAAGCAUCGCUGGUUUGUGCGCUUCCUCCAGAGUCCACCGUCUUCGACACCAGCUAAAUGUCCAAACAGCCGAUUGAAAAUGUUCCUUCAACCGAACUGAAAAACACUAACUUGAAUAUCACUGCACUCCACUUCUCAGAAAGAAUGUUUUUAAAUAACUUCAGAAAAAAAAAGUUUUUGUACACCUUUGGAUUGCUAAAUGGGAGGCGACAGGGAGAUGCUGAAUAUUUAACACUUUCGAAUAUUCAUUGGGUGAUUUAAUUACUUGGAAAGAGAUUAUAUAUAGUGU